AUGGCUCAACGUCCUUCACCAAGUUCACUGCCUUCCCACAUUGACGACUUUCAAAUCAUGUCACCAGAUCACCCUAACCUUCAAACUCUUACCUCGCUAUAUAAAAAGACAACACAAGCUUUCCUUCUUCGAAAUUACGACACCGCUUAUUCCUUGUGUAUGUCUGCGAUUUCGAAGCUUGCCGAUUUCCCACCGGUCACCGUUUCACCUUCAACCAAAAUUAUACAGAUUAAAAUAUGGUGUCUCUACAUAAAUCUCGUAGCUGCCCUGCUUGCCGAAAAACCUCCGAUAGUCACGGAAGAUCAUGAAAUUAAGAGGCUCUUGGAACGACCUCCCGAAAAAAUAUGUGACGAGCUCAAGGAAUGGGAUGCGGCAAGCUCUUUUCUCGAUAGAGACGAAAUCCUUGACAAAGAGCACAAGAAGGCUUAUGAGCAAGCCCUUUCUAAAUUGAAGGAAAAAUCAAACCAACCAUUGUCACCUAAGAAACCUAAAAUAAAAAAGGAAAAGACAAAAAAGGACGAUGCUAACGGCUAUGGUAACGAAUUCUUACAUAAUAGGCUGGACUAUGGCCAUAUGAGUGGUGUGAGAUCAUCGAUUGAUCAUAAUAUACAUCCCAACGGAUCCGAAUUCAGAGUGCGACAACCGAUGUCACCUAACCUGCCGAGGGGUAACCAUAGACAAUCGAAUAACCAUCGUUCUUUUAUGGGUAACCCAAGGUCACUGAGCAUAGCAGGAAAUAAUAGGAAUAGCAUGGACCAUCGGCAGAAUCCGCCACCAACUACGGCGGUGGAUACAAUGAUAGAUCGUUGCACCGAAGCAUUUGUAGCAUCCUUUAAGAGAGUGGCAUCAAAAGGAUUAAUCCCAAAUAUUAUCUUUCUCUUUGUUGUGUACGUUAUUAUAUUUGAACGGAAAAGAAUCAAGCGUGAAUUUGUACUCAAGGGAAUCUCCAAAUUUUGGGAAACGGUGAAAUCAACCGCCACGAUACCAUAG